AUGGCUCAAGAUGAGAUGGCUGCCUAUGGCAUCGUCCCACAGAAGAUAGAACUCAGACCAAGAAGAUAUCAUGGUUUUGCAUUUCUCCUAUUCAUUAUGGGUACUCUUCUACCACCACUCGCCGUAGCAGCAAGGUUUGGUAUCGGAAAGGACUUCUGGAUCAAUGUAGUACUCACAUUAAUGGGUUAUAUUCCCGGACAUGGUCACAACUUUUACAUCCAGAACAUUCGCAACAACAAGAACCAUGCUCGCACACCCAAAUGGGUUCAGAAAUACGGCCUAGUCGACCUCUCAGAGAUCAGGCGCAAAGAGCGCAAAUCUCAAUGGGCCAACCGCUACAAGGAUCGUUUACCACACUCCACGCUUGAAGGCCAGCCAUAUGAAGAGGGUCAGGAGGCUGGUUCAAGUGUCAACAUCAACGACAUCAACGGAAGUGCUCAACGCCAAGCAAACGGGGAGCUUUGGCGUUCAGAGGAAGAAAUGUAUUACAACUCCAACAAGAGCACCAGUUCAUCAGGAAGAUGGCAUUACCCAGCUAACUUUGACGACGCUGUCAUUGAUCGCGCUCUAGUAAAGCAGAAGAAGAAGAAGAAGGACAAGAAGAAUCGGUGGGAGCGCACACAGGACGCCUAUUCACUUCCUCCUGACGAGGAUGGUUCAAGCCGGAAGAGGAGGAAAAAGAAGCGAAAGGGAAUGUCUACCGUCGAUAGCAUCGACACUCAGAGCACGAACAGCGGGUCUCACGAAUACCCAGAGGAUCCCGAAGGUGGAGUGUACGGUAAUUCGUCACGACUGCCACAUGAGGAAGACGAUAGGCGAAGGGAUAAGAACAACAGGACAACGGACGAGGACCUUUUUGGCCACGAAUUCUAG